GUUUUUUUUUUUCCUUCUGGAAUGUUGGGUUGGGGUGUUUUGCAUGUGUGUCAUUGGCGAAGAUAGUUGUUGUGAAGGUCUCUACUCCUGGUUUUUUAUUGGAUGACUUUCUUCGAUUGCAAGUAAAGAAUAAAAUUUGGGUUUUGAAGGAUUUUAUGAUUUAGUUGGCGGUGAUUAAGUAAGAGUAUAGUGAUUCGGUUGGGGUCUUUGGAUUGAUGAAUGUUUUCUACUUCUAUAUAUAUAUAUAUAUAUAUCCCCUUAUUGGAAAACUUUCUCUGCUUAACCAAUAGUGGAAUUUUGUUUAGAAAGCAUAACAUAAUUCAGUUUGCCUGUGAUCAACUUUCAGGAUUUCAUUGCCUUUUCCUUAAGACUGCAUUCCUUGAGAAAUUGUGACAUGGGUGGGCUACCUGUUGGAAAUUCUUCGGAGUCCAAACUUGAGCAGGGAUCAGCAGUGGUUAAGUCUACCCCAGAUGGAAAACCAAAAAAGAAGAUUUGUUGUGCCUGUCCUGAUACUAAGAAGCUAAGAGAUGAGUGCAUUGUAGAACAUGGUGAAGAAUUCUGUGGUAAAUGGAUUGAGGCUCAUCGUAAGUGUCUUCGUGCAGAGGGGUUCAACGUCUGAACUUGAUAAGCCAAUCAUAUGAACUAUUUGAUUUUCUGCUAGUGUACAAUUUACCAUUUCAGGUAUACAUAGAUAACAGAGAAAAUUGAGAAAUAAAGUGAGCGAGAGAGUAGGCAUAGGAAAAGCUGCAGUGCAGCAAGUUCAAUUUGGCUGCGUAUUUUUGUUGACUUGGGCCUUUGUUCAUGUAUUAACUUCCUUCUGUUAUGCAUAAUUUCUUACUAUCUCUUCUUUAUUUGAUGCCCAACAAAUUCUAUAUCAAUAUCAUGUGUUCUAAAUUUAUGAUU